GUACUUUUUUCAGAGUUAUUAGAAGAAAAGAUCGGUCGAGAGGAGGAGCUCGAUCGGGAAAGUGCCAUUGGCAAGGCCAAGUUCUUCUACAAACUCUGUCUGAACGAAUCAGAGAUCUUCGAUAAUUGGCGAACGACAUUUGACGAAGUGGUAGCUGAUUUUGGAGGAUGGCCAAGUCUCGGGCAUUCCAUGCAAGAGCAUGUGUCAAUAGAGAAACUGUACGGUGAUAUGGUGGCGAAAUUUCGGGCCGACUCACUUUUCAAGGCUACCGUGCAGCCGGAUGACAAGAACUCGGAGAAGCACGUUUUAUUAGUAAGAGACGUUUUUGAGUUGCAGGAAUCCUUUUUUCUUUUUCAAAUGGAACGUUUGCGUUGCUUGUUUAGUUACCAGUAA